ACGGUCAGUCGGCGGGCUGGACCGCGGCGCUGCAUCCGCUAAGUGCUGGGUGCGAAGUUGCGCUGGGUGGGGCUGUCGUGGUCGCCGCUGCCUCUCGGUCCAAUGAGCUGCACCAGAAUGAUCCAUGUGCUGGAUCCACGUCCUCUGACAAGUCCAGUCAUGCCGAUGGACGUGGCCAUGAGGAUUUGCUUGGCUCAUUCACCACCCCUGAAGAGUUUCCUGGGUCCUUACAGUGACUUUCAGCGAAGAAGUUUUGUGAAUAAAUUGAAGCCUUUGAAACCAUGUCUCAACGUCAAGCAGGAAGCCAAAUCACAGAAUGAAUGGAAGCCCCCGCAUGACCAAGCCAAGAAGCGGGUCGUGUUUGCCGACUCCAAGGGGUUGUCACUCACUGCUAUCCACGUCUUUUCUGACCUCCCAGAAGAACCUGCCUGGGACCUGCAGUUCGACCUCCUGGACCUUAACGAUAUCUCCUCCAGCUUAAAGCUUCAUGAGGAGAAAAACCUGGUUUUCGAUUUCCCCCAGCCUUCAUCUGAUUACUUAAGUUUCCGGGACCGCUUUCAGAAGAACUUUGUCUGCCUCGAGAACUGCUCUUUGCAGGAGCGGACAGUGACAGGGACAGUCAAAGUGAAAAAUGUGAGCUUUGAGAAGAAGGUUCGGGUCCGGAUCACCUUUGACACCUGGAAAACCUACACAGAUGUGGACUGUGUCUACAUGAAGAACGUUUACGGCAGCUCCGACAGCGACACCUUCUCCUUUGCCGUCGACUUACCCCGUGUCAUUCCAACUGAGGAGAAAAUCGAGUUUUGCAUUUCCUACCACGCUAAUGGGAGGGUCUUCUGGGACAACAAUGAGGGUCAGAAUUAUAAAAUCGUCCAUGUACAGUGGAAACCUGAUGGGGUGCAGACACAGAUGGCACCCCGAGACUGUGCAUUCCAACAGGUGCUGCCUAAGGCGGAAGUAGAACCCACCGUCUUUGGCAGUCCGAGGCUUGCUAGUGGCCUCUUCCCAGAGUGGCAGAGCUGGGGAGGGAUGGCUAACUUGGCCUCCUAUCGAUGAGUUAGACAGCCCACGGGCUGGCUUUGUCUGAUUACAAUCCUCAAGCUAUUCUAGGUCUGUAUUGCUCAUUAUUAGGAAGUCUUAGUCACUUUCCAUGAGUAGGUGUAGGUGUGAGCUCUGGGGGCCUGGCUAUAGAUAAUACAGCCUCUUGAGAAUUUAGUGUUGGGGUCUGUGCAGGUGAUGCCGCUCCGUCUUGUUUUGGAGGAUCCAGUAACAGCCUGGGAACUAGUUUUAUCAAAGUAACACCUGUUUUUUGGGGGGUGCGUUUUCCCACCUCCUUCCCAGUUCACCAGCUUUCACUUUGGACAAGGGAAGGUUUAAGGACAGUUGACGGUGACAGGAUGCUGUGCGGAGGGUGUGAGGGAUGUGAUGUGAAGUGUAGACGCUAAGGGUCCGAGGCUCAAGUCAGACGAGGAGCAGGGGAACCGAUAUUUAACCGUUGGUGGGAAAACAUAAACUUAUCUUAUGUUUCAAAGUGGGUUUUACAGGUUUCUCCUGAGGAAAUAACUCAGCGAGGGGAAAGAGAGCCAUUUUCUGUCUUCUUGCAGAGAAAAAUAAGGGGUGUUGGGUGGUACUGGGGGAAGAUGAACUGUCGCCCUGAAGAAUCAAGAUCUUGAGGGGUAGAGAGGUUGCUUAGUUGGUAGGGCGCUUGCCUCGCAUGCAUGAAGCCCUGGGUUCCAGGCCCAGCAUCAUAAAACUGGGGAUGACAACAUAUGUCUCUAUUCCCAUAUGUUAGGGUGAAGGCAGGAGGAUCAGAAAUUCAAGGUCAUCCUUGGCACACAAAAAGUUGGAGGCCAGCCUGGGCUACACAUGACCCUGUCUCAAAGGAAACGGUGGCAACAAAGAGAUCUUAAGUGAACCCUUUCUGUUUAAACGUGGUUUUCAGUAGUGUUUAAGCAAAUCCAGCUUUGCAGUCUUAACUUGAUCAGUGUCUUUGUGACCAAGGCAUCAUUCUCGGGUUCUUGGUACAGAAUGCUGCCGGACAUCAGGCAUGCUGUCACCAAUGGCUAGCAGUAUGUAGAGACUCCACGUCAUGUCAGAGACAGCUCUUUCAGUGCCUUGAUUAAACCAGAACACUGUAGCUGAUUAAACCGGUGACCUGAAUGGCCGUCUAAUAAGUCAUGAUUUUUUUUUUGGCCUCAUUUGAAGGUCCGUUCGCUGGUGUUCUCCUAAGAUACUGUCAUAUUUUCAGGAGUGCCGUCAGUGCACACAGCUCACGUCCUUCAUAUUGAAGGUGACUCAUCUUUCUGCCACACUUUUUGAUGUGAUGUUUGAAGUGGGGACUGACACUGCAGUCUCAGUACAAGAAUCCAGUCUCUCGCGGUCAGAGGAGCCGUCUGUCUCAAGCCCACUUUUGUCUUAUUGUUUUAGUUCCAAGUCAAAUGCUUUUUACAAAGUAGAUAGGAAUGAUUUCGAAUGUGAACUAUUUUGUGUGUACGUAAAUCCGUUUUGUGAGCUCUUGAGGGCUGGUGUCCUGGGGUGUUUGCUGCUAUUGUGCAUGCCCUUUGAGGGGCAUUAAGAGAGUGCGGUGAAUUGUCGCAUAUGGGAUCUGCCAUGGGAAAACACUAUUGCAAUAACUCCACGCCAACAAUGCUGGAGGUUUGGCGAGCACCCAUAAGUUCUGUAAACACCUACAUUGUCCCUUAUGAGCCACUCACUUUAAGAAUAAAUGUGCUUGGUAGAAGACC